UUUACUCCUUUGUUAUGAUUUAAUCUGAUAUUCUGUAGCCUUGGAGACAGUUUGCAUAGAUUAGAAUGUUAGAUUCCUGUGAUGUCAUCAAUGCCCAUGUUUUGUUUUAAUGUCUUGUGAUAGUUCUAACUGCAUACAAAGUCAGAGUUCAAGUGGGUUUAGUACAAAGAGUACAAUUUUGAACCAGUUUCUGACAUGUCGUUAAAAUCUCAGCCGACCUUUACCACACCACGUGCUGUGGGUGUGCGUAAAUAUCUAGACCGCCACACUGAGCCCUGGUUCCUCAGGAUAGAGGACAGGACGUCAGAUGGGCGAAUCAAGAGCUCCAAACGAAAAGAUUGUGCCACAGAAAGACUGGAAAAAGCUUCCAAAAGAAGCAAGGACAGCAAAAGUCCACCCCCAGGCCUCAGCCAUCUUGUCUUGGAGAAGUCUGCUUUCAGAAAGAAGAGCAGCAAACGAAAGUCAAGCAGCGAUGGAACAAAACAACCACGCAGUAAAAAGAGCAAGACAUCAAGCUCACAGGAGGAGGCCAGCUGCUCCGUCUAUGAGACAGAUGCACCUUUGCCCAGCACAUACAAAAGUCACAGUAUAGAGGACUUUGAAGAAAAAUACAAAGAGCAGGAUAAGCUGGGUGAAGGAGGCUUUGGGACUGUCUUCUUUGGAAAACGCAGAGAAGACAAUUUCCCAGUGGUGAUUAAGCAUGUUGCUCAUGUUUUAGUCAGCUACCAACCAGUGCUUCUUAAUGGUAAAAUGACCAAGAUUCCCAAGGAGGUGGCAUUGCUAAUAAAAGUGGGGGCAGGACCAGAGGCUACAAGCAGCAAUGUGACGCCCGUUUUAAUCGACUGGUAUGACUUGGAAGACGAACUCAUUAUGGUCUUUGAAAGGCCAAAAGAAAACAUAGACUUGGAAGCCUACCUGGCAAACAGAAGAACCUUUGUGCACGAGAGGGAGGUUAAGGUCAUAAUGAGACAGCUGGUACAUGCAGCCGCUGAAAUGCAAUCCAAGGGUGUCUUCCAUCGAGACAUUAAGCCAGACAAUAUUGUGUUUGACACAUCGCCUGAUCAUUCAGCAUUUCAAUGUGUCAGAGUCAUUGAUUUUGGCAUUGGAGUCACUUUUAGACCAGAAGCAGUCACACGAAGAAAUGGGACCAAAUCACCUGCUCCAAACUGGCAGGACUUUAAUGCCACCACAGCAGAUUGCGUCACAGUUUUGCAGCUGGGUAUGGUGAUGGAUUGGCUGGUACGUCACAUCAUCCCUGAUGACAACAACACAUCUGAGAUGUGCACUGACAUUUCAGAGGAUUGCAAGUGUUUUCUGUUGGGUUGUUACUGUCAGAGCCAUGAAGACCGCCUCACCCUAGAGGAAGUUCAGAAUCAUCCCUGGCUCAAAUGAUGGCCCGCCCCUCUGGAAGCACCCCACAAGAGCAAGUGGACCAUGAGAUCGCAGUGGAACUUCCACCCGGUCUUUAGUCUUGUUGCCAUUGUAUUUUCCAUACAUUUCCCACCCACCCCCAGCAAUCCGUGGAAAGGGGAUCUCUCUCUGAAUUGCCUUUCCCGAGGUUUCUUCUCAAGUUUUUGAGGAGUUUUUCCUCGUCUUCUUAGAGAGCUUGUGCUGGGUUAAAAACUGUUGCUACUAUCAGCCUGAGUUAUGAAUACAGUUGUGGCCUAAUGUUUUGUCAGUGGUACAAAGUUUGCUUUUGCGCACUUUGCCACUUCAGUCUGUAUUUAGAGCCAUAACUGUAUACACAACAGACCGAACAUGCUCAGCUUUGCCAAAGCUAGCAGGAAUUGGAGUUUAAUUUGAUCAAUUAAUUAUUUAUGAAUCAAUUUAACAAACAAAUGGGCAAAUGUAAAGAAAUGUAUCAAUCAGGGAAUUAGUAGCAACAUUAAUUGAACAAUCUAAAUUUAUUGGUUAAUUAUUAAA